UUUUCCACAUCAAUCAAAUCCGAACCUCGUAUCUUCAAUUUCCAAUCCUAUUCUCAAAUCCUGUUCCCAAUUUCAACCCUAUCCAUGGGUACCUCUCAGAGCCGCGAAGGCCUUGAAGUCUCCGACUCUGAUUCCGACUACGACGAACGAGACGAAGAACAAGAAGAGGAAAAUUACGAAGAUGCCCAAACCAUUUCCACUUCUGCAACUCAAACCCCAACCCAGCUCGAUGAAGUUGACGCUAGGCUCAAAGCGUUGAAGCUCAAGUACCAAUCAAACACACCUUCUCCUUCUUCUUCUUCUUCCUUUCCGAAAAACGCCGUUAAACUCUACCUUCACAUAGGUGGCAACACCCCCGCCGCAAAAUGGAUCGUCGCCGAUAAACGCACCGCUUACUCCUUCGUCAAAUCAAUCGGCAACGAAGAAGAAGAUGAAGAGAACGAAAACGACGACAACGACGAGCGAAACGACGGUAAGUGGUACAUGAAGGUUGGGAUCAAGGUUAAGGCUAGGGUUUCGACGGAGAUGCAAUUGAAGAUGUUCGGUGACCAACGCCGCGUCGAUUUUGUCUCUAAUGGAGUCUGGGCUCUCAAAUUUCCUACCGACGAGUCAUACCGGAGAUUCAUCACCGAAUUCCAGGACCGACUCUUCUACAACGUGUACGGCCUCGAACCUACGGAGGAGAACAAAGUGAAGGUCUAUGGUAAGGAGUUUAUCGGUUGGGUGAAACCGGAGGUCGCCGACGAUUCGGUUUGGGAAGACGCCGACGAUGCCUCCUUAGGAAAUUCACCAAGAACCACCACGCCGGGUAGGUCAAGAGACGAUUUGCUGGAGGAGUUCGAAGAGGCUGCGAAUGGCGGAGUUCAGAGCCUUACGUUGGGAGCGUUGGAUAAUAGUUUCUUGGUUAACGACACCGGCGUUCAUGUUUACCGGAAUUUCGACCGGGGAAUUCACGGGAAGGGUGUGGCUGUGAAAUUCUCCGGUGGCGAUCUCCGGCAGCAUACCGCGAACAAAGCCCUGCUGAUGAGGGCGGAAACCAACAUGAUGCUGAUGAGUCCAAUGAGCGAAGGGAAGCCCAACGCUUCGAAGCUUCACCAGCUUGAUAUCGAGACUGGAAAGAUUGUUACUGAAUGGAAGUUUGAGAAGGAUGGCGCUGACAUCACCAUGAGAGACAUAACAAACGACACUAAAGGGUCGCAAUUGGAUCCUUCCGAAUCAACUUUCCUGGGGUUGGAUGAUAACAGGCUGUGCCAGUGGGAUAUGCGUGAUAAGAAGGGAAUUGUUCAGAAAAUUGCGAAUUCUUCGAAUUCGCCAGUGCUGCAUUGGAGCCAGGGGCAUCAGUUCUCAAGAGGGACUAAUUUCCAGUGCUUCGCGACCACGGGCGAUGGUUCCAUUGUUGUAGGGUCACUUGAUGGGAAGAUAAGGCUGUAUUCCAAAACGUCGAUGAGGCAGGCGAAGACUGCAUUCCCGGGACUUGGGUCACCGAUCACUCAUGUUGAUGUUACCUUUGAUGGAAAGUGGGUGCUUGGCACCACUGAUACCUACUUGGUGUUGAUUUGUACGUUGUUCACUGAUAAGGAUGGGAAGACUAAGACUGGGUUCAGUGGUCGUAUGGGAAAUCGGAUACCUGCUCCGAGGCUGUUGAAGCUCACUCCCCUGGAUUCACAUUUGGCUGGUGAAACCAAUAAGUUCCAUGGUGGCCAUUUCUCAUGGGUCACCGAGAAUGGUAAGCAAGAACGCCACCUUGUUGCAACCGUGGGCAAGUUCAGUGUCAUAUGGGACUUUCAGCAAGUAAAGAACAGUGCUCAUCAUUGUUACAGAAAUCAACAAGGGUUGAAGAGCUGCUACUGUUAUAAGAUAGUGUUGAAAGAUGAGUCGAUUGUGGAAUCAAGAUUUAUGCAUGAGAAGUUUGCUAUUAGUGAUUCCCCAGAAGCUCCACUUGUGGUGGCAACUCCUAUGAAAGUCAGCUCUAUCAGUCUCUCUGGAAAACGACAUGGCUGAACCUUCUUUUUUAUUUUUCACCUUUUUUUGUUUUUUUUUUCCUCCAAUUUUUAUGUUUAAAAUUAGAAUUUUAGUCCCUCAAUCGAUUUGUUGCCUUGUAUUCAAGUCUGAGUGUUACCGUUUGUUCUUCUGUAUAGUAGGUGUUUAGGUUUGCGCUGUAUGUAUUUUCAUUCUUAUUCAGUUAAUAGUUAUACCUUUUUCAUUGGUGUGGUAUUUCCUAUUUGCAAAGAUAUUAUGUACCCUUUUUUUCAGAUAAAGAAAAAAGAUAAAAAUUGGUUAAAA